AUGGCACAAAACAAGCUCACUAUUUCUAUCAUUAUCCUCGCCCUCAUUUUCUGCCAGACAUUCCAAUCCAUUCAUGGAAUUAGGAACCUCGUGAAGUCCCAAGGCCUCCAAAACCAGAAUGGUGACCUUGUGACUGCCAAGGCCUACGUGCCUCCACCGGCUCCGCCAAGUGAGGCUGCUCUGGGUAACCACCUUGACGAUUUUAGGCCCACUUCCCCAGGUCACAGUCCUGGCGUAGGACAUUCCACUCACAACUAG